GUUUCUUUGGUUAGAGCGCGUUUGAACCACGUUUGUUUAUUUUAUAUUCUCUAAUCCUCAGUGAAGCGAAAAGUCGCAGAGAGGACAGAGUUAACAGUCUUUGAUCAUUAUAGUAUAAAAAAGAAUUGUCUUCAUCAUCAGAAUGGCAGAAGAAAUCAAUCCAAAAGCUUAUCCAUUGGCCGACGCCACAUUAACAACAAAAAUUUUAAAUCUUGUCCAGCAAGCUAUGAAUUACAAGCAGUUGAGGAAAGGAGCUAAUGAAGUUACAAAAACCCUUAAUCGAGGUAUAGCUGAAUUCAUAGUUAUGGCAGCUGAUGCAGAACCAUUGGAAAUCUUAUUGCAUUUACCCCUUUUAUGUGAAGAUAAAAAUGUCCCAUACGUUUUUAUCAGAUCUAAGCAAGCAUUAGGACGAGCAUGUGGGGUUUCAAGAUCUGUGAUUGCAUGCAGUGUUACAAUUAAUGAAGGUUCACAAUUGAAACCUCAAAUUCAGACGAUCCAGCAGGAAAUUGAACGCUUAUUAGUAUAAGUUUUGAGUACAAAAAUAUAAAAUUAAUUUUUAUGUUUUCUACAUUUUUUCUAAAUAUAAGAUUU